AUGCCACUCUUUCUGGAACCUAAUUCUACAUGGAUAUUGACUGAUAAAAAAACAAUAAAUACUGAAAUUAAAAUAGAUUGUGUAAAUGAAUAUAUAUCCGAUGGUAAAAGAAAAUUCAUUUCUCCACUAUGGGCGAAAUGCAUUGGGAAUAGCAUAUUUAAAACAGAUUUUGGAAACAUCGACAUAUCAAACCUGAAAUGUGACGGUCCUAUCAAUAUAGCAAUAAAAGGUACCAAUGAACCCUGUAUUAAGGGUAAUUCUGAACUAGUACAAGUUGGAUUUCAAGUGAAAUCAUCUUUCCUAAGUGUAUAUGAUGUUUGUAUUGAUAAAAUCAAAAAUUAUCCAUGUUUUAUAAAAUAUGCUUUGAAUGAAAACAUGGCAAAUAGUACACCAACAGAAUUAGUACACUACGUUGAAUCUUCAUAUAUGCCAUUUAAAUUUGAGGAUCUAUACGAUUGUAGUAACCAACUGAAAUCUAUUUAUGCUAAAACUGGCGUAAAUUUAAGUGAAGGUAAUAAGUGCUGUUUUACCAGAAAGCAGCUUGUGAGUCCAAAGGACAUGUUGCCAGGAAUAGCUCAAAUAGCAACUUAUACUUACGUGAAUGUUAUUCCUCAAUGGAGCACUUGUGGAACGGAGAACUGGGACGAAGUAGAACGACGUAUAAGAUUUCUUGCUGCGUCGAGGAGCACUUUAUUGGAAGUGUGGACAGGAACUUCGGAAUCAAUAAAACUCCCGAAUCAAAAAAUCGAUACAUUUGUUACAAUAAAUGAUAAAUAUGAUCGUAUACAAAGAGUUCCACGUUUUAUAUGGAAGUUAGUGAUAUAUAGACAAAACCCACGAGAACGAGGGAAUGAAGAAGGACUCGCAAUUGUUGUAAUGAAUACUCCAAACCUAGAAGUUACAGAAGCUCUAAAGCAAAUUCCUUGCAAAAGGGAUAUUUGCAACAAAACAAAGUGGAUGUAUGGCUCUCAAUGGCAUGAUCCUUCAAAGGGUUUCGUGUUUUGCUGCAAUGUUAAGGAAUUUAUGACAGCAUUUCAUUAUGACAAUCUCUUUCCAAUCAUGAAACCUUUAGAG